CAUCAGGCAGCAGAUAAGCGACUCUUCAGCCGAAGCAAGGCGUGGACCAAUGAAUGGUUUCUCUCGGGUUCUGGAUAAAACAUAGACUAAUCAUUUGAGGGUUUUUUUUCUCUUAUUUGAAUUAUUUUUUAACUUUUGCCUCCUGUUUUUCCGGAGUGCUUUUGCAGUCUUUGCUCAUCAUGCGGAGUCUAACAGCAGCACUAGUUCUCCUGUCGUCGCUUCUAAAAGUGUUGCUGUGUAUUCAGGUGACUGUUCCUCAGCAGGAGCGCAGCACGGCUCUGUUCGCCUCAGUGAUCCUCCGCUGCGACUUCUCCACCUCCGCAAACCUCCAGGAUGUUCUCGUCACCUGGAGGUUCAAGUCCUUCUGCAAGGACCCGGUCCUGGAGUACUACUCCACCGCGUACCAGUCUGCACUGCAGUUAGGACAAGACCCAUCGAAUGACUGUCCAGACCGUCAGCGGACAGUUCGAACUGUAGUCCAGAAGAGAGGAAGCAACGAGCCGAUACUGGGAGCAGAAUACAGAGAGCGCAAAAUCACCAUCCAAAACAGGGCAGACUUGGUGAUCAAUGAGGUGAUGUGGUGGGACAACGGAGUUUACUUCUGUGCUGUUGAUGCUCCUGGAGACACGACUGGAGACUCGGACAAAGAAGUCAAACUCAUCGUCUACCAUUGGCUGACAGUGUUGUUCAUCAUCAUCGGCGCCCUCCUCCUCCUCAUGCUCUUCUGUAUCUGCUGCUGCCAGUGUUGCCCUCAGAAAUGCUGCUGCUACGUUCGCUGUCCCUGCUGCCCACAGCAGUGCUGCUGUCCUGAGAAAGCGGUGAUGCAGCAUCGUAUGAUGAAGGAGGCUCAGAGGGCCAUGGCUCCCUGGAUGGGAGGACAGCCGGUUUACGGACCGAUGAGCCACGCCUCCUCCCAGAUGAACCCGCUGCUCUACGCAGGAUCUGUUUCAGGGAAGAGCAUCCCUCUGAAGCCAAUGCCCCUCCCUCCUCCUCAGUCUUCAGCUUACAGCAUGCCCCCUCCCAGUGUCCAUGGGAACCACACCCCUGCCAACACCAAUCCGAUGCUUGAUUACCUGGAGAACCAGGUGAGGGGGAUGGACAUGAACAGCCCUCUGCUACAGUCCCAGCCACCUCCGCCCCCUCACAUGCAGCAGAUACCACCUCCUGUCCAGCACGUCCCCGUCAACGUCCCAUUCUCCCCCGGCCCUCCCAGCAUGCUCUCUGCCCUCGACGACGGCCCGGCGGAGCGUCGCAUCAUCACGCUGCCACCAAUAAGAGAGCAGCAGCUGGGCAGAAUUCCACCUCCUGCACCCAAGACUCGCCCGCCAAGCUCCAGCGAGAGCAGCCGCAGCGGGUUCGGCCGCCAUGACGAGCGAGGAGGAUCGGGGGGGAGACGGUACCCCUCACCUCCCAGAUCCAGAGGUCUCCCCCGGAGCUACAGCGAAGAGUCACUGGACGGCCGGGGUCGCAGCAGGUCGAGAGGAGGCGCUGAUCGCCCUCGAUCCCGCUCCAGGGAUGACGUGUUCGACAGCAGGUCCAGGGGAAACUACUCGAGGAGAGGAUCCUGGAGCUCGGAUGAUGAGGCCAGCAGCAGGAGAGGAGGAGGAGGAAGGAGAGGAGGUGGAGGUGGAGGUGGAGGUGGAGGUGGAGGCUGGGUGGACAAACCUCCCAGCUACACCGAGUACGAGCCUGGACAGAAACUGGGAGCACGGAGGAAUGAACGCUACUCUGACAAGAGUUCUCGCAGUGGCACCAGCGUCGUCAUCUGAACCCUCCGCCUGCACUGUGACCUCUGUUUCAGAGAACAAAGCACAACUCACUAGCCUCGUUGUCUGGCUACUGGUAAACAUACAAAGACAGCCAUUUUUAAAUAUUAACAGGAAUAAUGUACCAGCUUUUUUUGUUUUUUAUUACCUUUUCAUAGGUGAAAAGCUCAUGGAAGGAUUUAUGAAAUGUGAGAUUGGAAGAUUCAGAAAUUUGGAAUAAUUCUCCCAAAGUUUACAGGAGGAAAGCCAAAGGAUUCCUAUAAUAGUUUUGUCUUUCAGAUGUUCCUUUAAGAAAACUAUGAAUCUUUAUUGUGACUACUGAACAGAUUUUAGAACCCUACCUAAUAUUUUCAGUACACUAACAAACCAGCAGAGGGGAGUAUUACCCUAAAAGCCUGCUGUUACAUUACUCAGUCAUGUGGUUUUAGUUGGGAUGUUCGUCCUCUUCAAGCUCUAUUUAUUUUGUAGCAACAGUUUAGUCUUGUGAUGUUGAUAAUGUAAUUAAAGCCAUAAAACAAUAAUCAUGAAGUACAGAGGAAACAGCACUCUGGGCCAGUAAGUAAAUACAUUAAAUCCACAUAUAUGAAAAGAUCUACUGGGAUUAGUUGUUGUUUUUUUUGUUUGUUUGUUUGUUUGUUUGUUUUUUAGCUUUUUAUCAUUUCUGUAAAUAUGUUGUUAUUUUUCACAUCUCCAGUACAUGUUGAAGUGACUUUACUGGAUCUGUUUCACUAAUAUUUUGAAGCAAAGUGUGUACCGUGAGCCGCUCUUCAGAAAAGGCUAAAAACCUAUAAGGUGAAUUAUGCGUUAUUGUUAUCAAUAGCUGUAAAGGCUACAUGUAAAUAAGUCAUUUACAUGGUGUUGAUGUAGGAAAUGAAGAAAUAUCAAGAAUGUUACAGGCCAAAAAUGUAGAUUUUUUUCUUUAUACAACUGCUAGCUUUCUUUCCGUGCAGUUUUGGAGACUUAGCUUUUCAUAGUAUAGUUCAGAAAUGCACAUUGAACAAAAAAUCACUUGUAUGCAGCGUUGAAGUUUUUGACUCUUCCACUGUUCUUAAUGAUUUUUUCCCCUGUUCUUUGAAUUUAUAAUGUACAGUAUAUUUGUGUUUAUUAAUAAUAUUGAUAAUAAAAUUUUUACCUUUUGGGUGUAAAAAAGAAAAA